CGACAAGAAAAUACACUUCGAAUUUUUCAAAAAUAGUAAAUACGAGGAUGUGAAUGUAUUCAGCUAGGUUCAAUAUUCUUUGCGGUCGAUGGUAGUCGUUUCGUUUCUUUUAUUCAAUGUGAAAUUAAAAUCAAAAAAUUGAAAUUUCUACGACUGAUAUCAUUCAAAAAUGUUGCGUUUAUACAAUUUUGAUUUGCAAACGAAUUUUAGCAUGAAAUAUUUGAACAAAAUAUCAGUACCGGAUGUGCAAUAUUCUGAUCGAAACAUUAUACCGCGGGUAGAAGAGUAUUUGAACCGUUUCAUGGAAUCUUCAAGGAAAAGAAGGUUUCUUGACAAAGAACUAAUAGUCAAUGAUUUACGAUCGGCGUAUCCAGAAUAUAACAGAAAGCCUUGGGGUGUUAUGUCAAAUUUAAUUGCUAGAGCAUUAGCAGCAAUUGACAAUAUGAAAAAUGUAAAUGAUGUAGAAGACAAAUCAUCUGAUGGAUCAACUAUUGAUAUUAUGUCAUCUGGAGAAGAAAAUAUUGAUAUUACAAAUGAUUUAGAUCCACCUGAAAGCUCAAAUCAUUAUAUCACCGAUGUAAACAGUUCAGAAAUAGCCCAAGAUAUUGGUUCAAAUUCAUUUGUAUGUAAUGUACAAACAAAUGGUAGCAGUAGUAAACCAGCAGAACAUCUUCCUCCGCCUGCUAAUGAACCAGAAAAUUUGUCUGGUUGGGUUAUCGACAAGACUCCAUAUAAAAGUAUAAAAAGAAAAAAUAACUUGGAUAAGACUAUGGAAGAAUUGCCUACACCUUUGAAAAAAGUUUGUCAACAAAUGGGGACCGCGGAACGGGUUAAUGUGACAUUUGAUGAUUUAGCUGGCUGCGAUUCAGUGUUAUUGGAAAUAUGUCAACUAAUUAUGCAUAUUAAGCACCCAGAAGUAUAUAAAACAUUAGGUGUGUCUCCACCUAAAGGAUUUUUAUUGCAUGGGCCACCUGGAUGUGGUAAAACAUUGUUAGCACAGGCAGUUGCAGGAGAAUUAAAGAUACCUUUGAUAAGCAUAGCUGCUCCACAACUUGUUGUUGGCAUUAGUGGAGAAUCGGAAAAACGAGUGAGAAAACUGUUUGAAACUGCUGUAAAGUCUGCACCUUGUGUGCUUUUCAUUGAUGAGGUUGAUUCAAUUUCUCCACAUAGAGAAACAACUUCACGUGAUAUGGAACGUAGAAUUGUAGCCCAACUACUAUCAUCUUUAGACAGCUUAAAAGAUGAUGACAAAGUUAUUGUGAUUGGUGCUACAAAUCGCCCUGAUAGUUUAGAUCCAGCAUUGAGACGAGCUGGUAGAUUUGACCGAGAAGUUUGUCUUGGUAUACCCGACAGACAAUCCCGCAGAGCAAUGCUAGAUCUUAUGUGUAAAAAUUUACGAAUUGAUCCAACAGUUAGUUUGGAUAGAUUAAGUGAAUUAACUCCUGGUUAUGUUGGAGCUGAUUUAAAAUCUCUUACUAGAGAAGCAGCUACUGUAUCAGCUAACAGAACCAUUGAAGCUAUUAAAAAGAGAUUACAAGUUAUAUCUAAUGUCGGUACACUAGUUGAAACUGAACAGCUAUUGGGUUAUAACAAAAAUACAAUGGUUAAAGAUACCUUGAAUUUGCUACGCUCUGAUAAUGUCAUCUCAAUAGAUGAAGUGAGUCAAACGCAAAUCACAUUAGAUGAUUUUAAAGAAGCUCUUAAGAAAGUUGUCCCUUCGUCCAAAAGAGAGGGCUUUGUCACUGUGCCCAAUAUUACAUGGGACGACAUAGGUUCUUUAAAGAAAAUUAGACAAGAAUUACACAUGGCUAUGUUGGCUCCUGUAACUCAUGCUAAAGAGUUUAAUGCAUUGGGUUUAGAUGUUCCUACUGGAGUAUUGUUAUGUGGACCACCAGGUUGUGGAAAAACACUGUUAGCCAAAGCUGUUGCAAAUGAAGCUGGUAUUAAUUUUAUAUCUAUUAAAGGUCCUGAACUAUUGAACAUGUAUGUUGGUGAAAGUGAAAGAGGGGUACGUCAAUGUUUCCAAAGAGCACGUAAUUCACAACCAUGUGUGAUAUUUUUUGAUGAGAUUGAUGCACUUUGUCCGAAACGAAGUGACAUGGAUGCGAAUGGUCGUUCUGGUCAACGUGUUGUCAAUCAAUUGUUAACUGAAAUGGAUGGUUUUGAAGGUGCUCGAAGUGGUGGUGUAUUUGUUAUGGGAGCAACUAACCGACCCGAUAUGAUUGAUCCUGCUGUACUUAGACCUGGUCGUUUGGAUAAAGUUUUAUAUGUUGGAUUGCCAGAUGAAGAAGGGCGUGUAGACAUACUUAAAGCUGUGACUAAAAACCGUACAAGACCAGUGUUGGCAGACGAUGUAGAUUUGGAAGCAAUUGGAAAGAACGAAAAAUGUGCACACUUCACAGGAGCUGAUUUAGCAGCUCUUGUUCGAGAAGCAGGGAUUUUAUGCUUACAAGAGUAUAUAACCUCCAAUGAACUAAACAAAAAAUUAGCCAUCCAGAGUAAACAUUUUGAUGAUGCAAUGAUGAAAAUUAGACCUUCGGUUUCUGCUGAGGAUCAAUUACAUUACGAAUUACUGAAAUCGCAAUACGCCGCACCAAGAUGUUGAAAUUAAUGUAAUUUCACUGACAAGAUUGAAAUGAAAGAUAUUAUUUAUAAACGCUAAUAUAUCUUAAAAAACAAAUGUUUGUUCCUGUUAAUUAUUAUUUUUAUUUUGUAAUUCCUUGUUGGACCAUAAUUGUAUUAGUUGUUUCGAGUAACUGAUGAAUCUGUUUUGAAUUGUUAACAUGAUACACUGUGUGUACAUUGAACAUUUUAUUAAAAUAUCCAAUUAGCUUGUCCCCAUUUUGCAAACUAUUUCAUAACAAUAAAAUCAAAUCAAAAUCGGUUUAAUA